AUGGCGGCCUCGCCUACCUUUCCCAGGACCUGUGACGGGCUGCCCGCCCAUCCCGGGACACAGGGCUUGCCCAUCCAGGGACACGGGGCAGGCCUCACCUGCCCAUCCCGGGACCUGUGGCAGGCCUUGCCCGCCCGUCCCAGGACCCGUGGCAGGCCUUGCCCGCCCGUCCCGGGACCCAUGGCGGGCCUCACCAGUCUGUCCCAGGACCUGUGGCAGGCCUUACCCACCUGUCCAAGGACCCGUGGCAGGCCUUGCCUGCCAAUCCCGGGACACACGGCAGGCCUCACCCGCCCAUCAUGGACCCAAGGCAGGCCUCACCCGCCCAUCAUGGACCCAAGGCAGGCCUUGCCCGCCCGUCCCGCGACCCGAGGCAGGCCUUGCCCACCCGUCCCGCGACCCGAGGCAGGCCUCGCCUGCCCAUCAGGCGACCCUAUGCAGGCCUUGCCCGCCCAUCCCAUGACCCGAGGCAGGCCUCGCCUGCCCGUCCCGUGA